UUUCAGGGGCCAUGACCAUCGGAGAUCGUUGCUUGGUCUGAUGGCAGCUAUCUGAUGUCUUCCAUUAUGAAUGUUUCCUUGCUGCUGCUGCCUGGCUUCCAGCUGCUCCUAAUUUUUAGUGUAGGAGCCAAGAUACAAAAAGCAGUGGUUUCACCGGAGGACCGUGGCACUCGCCUCCGAGGCCUCUGGAAGCUGCACAUGAGGGACGUCCUGCUGAAAGGAAAAGCUUCUAAUCCUCAUCCAAUCAGAGAAGGGCUCAAACAGCAGCUGCUCUACUGCCGUGUUGGGAUUGGCUACCAUCUCCAGGUUCUGCCCAGCGGCUCUGUUGGAGGUGUCCACGAACCCACUGAGCAUUGUUGGCUGAACGUGUUUGCUAUGAAAACUGGAGUGGUGGGAAUGAGAGGAGUGAAGAGUGGCUUGUACCUCUGUAUGAGUGGAGAAGGACUGGCCUAUGGAACGGAGCAAUUUUCUGAUGACUGCCUGUUGAAGGAGAACCUGGAGGAGAAUCACUACACCACCUACUCCUCUCUGUCUCACCCAGGCAUCUAUCUGGCUCUGUCCAACAAGGGAGAGCUCAGGAAGGGCAACAGUGUGGGCCGCCACCAGUCCUGCACCCACUUUCUACCUCGGAGGACAUCGUGAUCAAGCUCCACAAUUUAGGCCCAAUUAGGAAUUCAAGCAACAGAUAGAAAUGGCCUCCAGACUGCAACAUGGAUGAACUGAAACUAGCACCACAUUCAAGAGACAUUAUUGGUGGGAUUCUUUGGAGCACCACUUGCUGUAUGUAAGGACAGUGAAGCGAGCUCAAGAGCUAUGUGGCACCCAUCCACUCAUCCUGCCACCACACAAAAGACCUGACACAGUCUGAGGGUCACUCAACAAACAAUGGCUGCUUAUGGUGCAAUGCUUAUGGUGUUGGCAUGGACUCUACUAUUGAACACUGAGAAAAAAUACAAUAAUAUGCACAUGUCUAACCCUAAACAGUAGCUGUUGGGAUAUAUAAUAUAUAGUAUUCUUUGCUGAUAUUUUCAAAACUGCACAAGCAUGGUAAAUAACUGAAACCAUUCAAGCUUAUUUGUUUCUGUCCUCUAAGCUGCACUGAUCAAUAUUUUUUUAUAUGAGCAAAUGUUAAAUGAGCAAGUGUAAUGUUAAAGGUUAUUGUCACAGUGAUGAACCCACAGAGAACUAUCACCACAUUCCCCUGCUUUCUGCACAGCUCUUUAGCCUCUUAACGCUUCUUUCUGGGCGGUUUCCAGCUAAAUAACUCUGAUCUCAUCAGCAGCGUUUCCAUUGUACAGGAGCUGCUCAGCAUCAACAGCAGACAGAAAGAGUUAGCAGCUAGCUGGUGAACUGAGUGGAGCAUUCAGCAGCUAAAGAGACCGAUGAUACACUGUUCACACUAAAUAGUUUGUAGUGAGAAUAAGAAUUGGCUGUAUGUUAGUAUUGAUGGAUGAAUAGAUACAGAGUUACGUUUGAUCGUUGUGAAAAAGAAAAUGUCUUU